AUGUCCCCUUCCUCCAACCCCUCAAAGUCUGCGUCGCCGGGCGCCGGAGACCCCAAUCCGCCGACGUUUGCUGCCUUUUCGCCCGCCACCCUAGGCCACCUCCCCGCCGCCACGAAGCAGCGCUCUACCAUCCUCGUCCACCAGAAGUCGCCGCUGCUCGCCGCAACCCCGCCGCAGGUCACCCGUGCCCUCGCCUAUUCGCAUCCGUUCCUGCUACCGCUCAACAAGCUCGUCGGCCUGCUAUCAUGGACCACCGGCGAUCCGUGGGAGAGCUUCCUCUUCAUCGCAGCCUUCUGGGCUGUGACACUGUACGGAGGCACCAUCAUUAGGCUCGCCGGUCCUAUUGUUGCUGUGGCUGGCAUAAUACUAGGCAUGUAUACGCGUAGGUACUCGCCGCUCUCCUCCACCGGCUGGACUGGCGAGAAGUCGAAGGGACACAAGCGCGGCGCAUCCGUCGCCAGCGAGAGCCACCAAAAGAGUCUCGAGGACAUUGUCGACACGCUGAAGCUGUUCACCUCGAGGUGCAACAUCUUGCUGGAUCCCUUUAUUCGUCUAACAGAUUUCCUAUCCACCCAACGCACCGCGACCUCGGCCACCACUCGCCCCGCAUUGACUACCUUGUUCAUCCGCAUUUUGUUUCUGACCCCAGUCUGGUUGGCGCUUACGCUUCCACCGCUGCGCCUGCUGACGACCAGACGCAUUGUCCUGGCCUUCGGAACAAUGAUUCUGAGCUGGCACUCGCGGCCCGCACGCGUGACCCGCAUCAUCCUCUGGCGCUCCAGGCUCGUCCGCCGCUCCCUGGCCCUCAUCACCGGCCUCGACGUUGGCGAACCCGAGCCUACGGCGCCAGGCUCCGAAAGAGGCAGGCCUCCCCCACUCCCACCGCGGAGGAAGGACGCAAACGCCAUCGCAGCAUCUUUAGCUGCUAAGCAUAGGGCAGUCUCACCUGGCGUUCGCUUCACGUUUGCGCUGUUCGAGAAUCAGCGUCGAUGGUUGGGGAUCGGAUGGACAUCUUCCUUGCUUGCCUAUGAACGCGCCCCAUGGACAGACGAGCAUUUGAAUCCCGCACCAGAGAAGGACCACUUUGACCUCCCGGAGGUUGACGGCGGACACGCAAGAUGGCGGUGGGUCGAAGGGAGCGAGUGGAGAGUUGAGGGUGCGGAAAGUGAGGGCGACGACGACAACCGAGGUUGGAUCUACUAUGAUAACAAGUGGCGGGAUGGUCGACGUGGACAAGAUGGCUGGGGGCGGUAUACUCGACGACGCAAAUGGUGCCGUGAUGCCGAGUUGGUUGAGAUCACUCCUUCGACAGAGAUCACUCCUUCGCCUACCCCUAAGCCGCCGCUGAACGACGACCCCUCAUUCUCUGAGGCAGACACAGCAAGGCCGGAAGAGACUCCGUCGGAAUAUUCCAUGUCAACCAGGGAUGAAACUGGAAGCGAUGGCAAAGUCCGCAAGAGACGGUGGUUUGGUCGACGACCGAGCAGAGCAGCUAGUGAGAAAAGCAUCGCGACUGGCAGCAUCGAUGGUGGCGAUGUGGAUCUUCAGAACGAUGAUGAAGACGUUCAUACACCACUCCGAUACCACGCAACGCGAGAGAGCGAAUGGGGUCUGGGGGACGAGGCGCGCAUGGAUUUGGGAUAA